AUGGCUGGAAAUGCCGAAUUUCCACAGCAGCAACAGCAGCAGCAGCAUGAAUUCUUACUGGGAACACAACAUUGUUCCAGCGACAAGACCCAAGGCAGCGGCGCUGUCAACGGCGCUGCCAACGGCGCUUUCUCCACCAAUGGCGAGACGGCUGGACACAUUGCCCUCGACGUAUCCAACGUUACUUCUAACGGCGCUGGUAACGACCCGACGGGAGCCGCCGCGAGGAUUGCUCCUGAGACUGGUGGGAAGCGGAGGAUUGAGAAGCGCGUGGUGUGGCUAUGGCUGCUCCUCGGCCUCGCGCUCACAGUCGGCGUGUUCGUAAUCUCCGGCGUCAACAGCUUCCACGCGCGCUCCGUCUCCCUCCAGCGCAUCUGCUUACAGCACACGACUUACUUCGAGAACCAAUUCAACACCACCAGCAGCAGCGCUGCGACAAUCACGGAUCUAAUCAGGACGUAUUACCUCGCGGGGGAUUCGCAUCAGAGCCUGUUCGAUCUAGCCACGUACCAGUCGUUUACGAGCUCGACUCCGUACGCGCGCCCGCUCGCCGCGGUGAUUCUGUACGCGCAUAGAGUGAACGCGACAAUGCGGCGGGAGUUCGAGGCGAAUCUGUCGCAGCACGGGUUGAAUGCGUGCGUAUUCGCGCCCGCCGCGGCGGCAUACGCGCAAUCCAAGGCCUGCUUGCCUUACGACGACCCCGCGGAGACGCAGGCGCAGGGGCAGGCGCAGGGGCAGGCGCAGGGGCAGGGGCAGGGGCAAGCGGAGGGGAAGCAGGCGCGCGGGAAGGAGUACGGAGUGGUGAUUCUGUUCUCGAGUAACCCGGCGCUUCAGCUCGCGGAUACCGUCGUGCUGUCUCCUGGCAUGGACAUCGUCUCCUUCCCCCCAUUCGCCUCGGCUCUCGACCGCACCCUCCGCAAGGGCGUCAUGGGGGCUAUCUCCGAGCCCUUCCUUCCCUACGGAUCCUCCUCCUCCGCUUCCCCCUCCGCCUCUGGAGCAGCGCGCCCCAGCACCACACUAGCCACGAUAGCCCAGGCCUUCCCGGUCUUUGACCCCGACCUCUCCUCCUCGCUCCGUUUCUCCGCUGCCGCCUCUUCCCCCUCUGCCUUCCCCCCUUCCUCCGCUUCCUCCGCUUCCUCGUCUUCCCCUCCCGCUUCCUCCCCCUCGUCCUCCGCCUUCCCCUCCCCCGGCUCCCCCUCCGGCUCCCCCUCCGGUUCCUUCCCCAGUGCCCCCCCGUCCUCUCCGCCCCCCGGCUCCUCCGCGUCGCGCUUUGCCCUGACGCCAUCCCCACAAGACCCGUCCUGGUUCAGCCACUACAUCCGCGGGUGGGUCAUAGUGGCCUAUAACUUCACCAUUCUCUCUGACGGCCCGCUCCCCACCGCCUCCUCGCCUAUUUACACGGUGCUAUAUAAGCGCACGCCCAAGUUCCCGUCUGCUGCGCCUGCGCCUCCCCCCGCGUCCCCCGCCUCCCCCUCCUCCCCCUCCUCCUCUGCCUCUCCCGGAGCGUCAAACCAUUCUUCCUCCUCUUCCUCCCCAUCAGCGCCACCCACCGCCGCUGCUCCCACCUCCCCCACCGCCGCUGCCCCCUCUUCCGCGUCCCCUCCGCCGCCGCUGCCCGUGGCGGACGACCCCCCCUCGCCCGCCAUGAGCGGGGGCCCGCUGGCGUUUGACUACGAGGCGCUGCACGCGUCCGCGGGGCUGGACCUGGCGGGGAUGGACGCCGUGCGCGACUUCCCCCUCGCACUCCCCAUCUACCUCGGGGACCCGAGUCAGUCGUUCCAGCUGCACUGCCGCUACAUCAACACGACAUACAUCCCAGUCUCCCCCGUCCUCUGGGCCCUCCCGGUGCUGCUACUGGUGCUGCUGAUAGCGGUGGUGCUGUGGGCGAUCGUGCGCGGGGUGGAGCGCAUGGAGGGCGACUACCACCGCAUGCUGCGCCUCAAAGACCACAUGGCCGCCGCGCUCGCCUCCGCGGAGGCCGCCAGCCGCGCCAAGGGGGCUUUCCUCGCCACCAUGAGCCACGAGAUCCGCACCCCCAUGAACGGCGUGAUCGGCGGUGGUUCUCGCACCCCCAUGGAGGGCGACUACCACCGCAUGCUGCGCCUCAAAGACCACAUGGCCGCCGCGAGUAGAGCCAAGGGCGCGUUUCUGGCGACCAUGAGCCACGAGAUCCGCACCCCCAUGAACGGCGUGAUCGGUAUGCUGAACCUGCUCCUGCAAACUCCCCUCGACCCCACGCAGCUGGACUAUGUGGAAACGGCGCGGGCCAGCGGGCGAGCUCUCUGCACGCUGAUCAACGACAUUCUCGACCUCUCCAAGAUCGAAGCGGACCGCCUCGAGCUCGAAGCUCUCAUCUCAUCCCCUUUUGCACACGCUCCUGCUCUCUUACUCCCCCCCCGUUUGCUCCUCCCUCCUCCCCUCCUGCUCCCGCUCUCCCCUUUCCCUGUUUUCCCCUUCCCCCCGCACCGCUGCCCCCACUUCCCCUCAUUCCGCCCAGGCAUGUUAAACCUGCUCCUACAGACGCCUCUGGACCCAACACAACUCGACUACGUGGAAACGGCGCGCGCCAGCGGGCGAGCCCUCUGCACGCUCAUAAACGACAUCCUCGACCUCUCCAAGAUCGAAGCAGACCGCCUUGAGCUCGAGGCUCUCCCUGCUCACGCUCCUGCUCUCCUGCUCUCCUUCUCCCCCCCCCUCCCCCCCCCCCCCCCCCCCCCCCCGUUCGCUCCUCCCUCCUCCCCUCCUUCUCCCGCUUCCCCUCCUGUUUCCCCUUGCCCCUGCCCCGCUACCCCCCCCUCCCUCCAUCCCUCCCUCCGCAGGCAUGCUGAACCUGCUGCUACAAACGCCACUCGACCCCACCCAGCUGGACUACAAGCCGACCGCCUCGAGCUCGAGGCUCUCCCGUUCGAUCUACGCGCCGAGAUCGACGACGUUCUCGGGCUGUUUGUCGAUCGGACGGCUGAGAAGCCGCAGGUGGAGUUGGCAGCGUUUGUCGCGGAUUUGGUGCCGGGGAGGCUGGUGGGGGAUCCACUGCGGUUCAGACAGGUGCUGGUGAAUCUGAUUGGGAACGCGUUUAAGUUCACGCAGGAAGGGCAUAUCCUGCUGUGUGUGAGGGUUGCUGAUGCUGCAGAGGUGGUGGUUAGGGACGGGAAUAGGAACCGCAGCAGCAGCCGCACGAAUCUCACUGAUGCUGCUGCUGGUUCUUCUGCUGCUGCUGGUGGUACUGGUGCUGGUGCUGGGGCUGGGGCUGCUGCUGCCUCUGCCCUACCUGUUGUCCCUGGGGGUGAUCCAAGAAACAGCAAUAACAUCAGUGGUGGUUGCGGUGGGAGCAACAUCAACCCACUCUCAGCGGCUCGCCUCUCCCCCCCACUACCGCCACCACCCUCCCACACCCACGUUCCCCCCGCCGCCCCUUUCCCUGCCACUCACCCGCCCGCUUUCCCCCUCCAACCUACCCUCCCCCCGUCGGCCCCGUCCCCUCCCCCCCCGACCCCGCCUCCCCCGCCGCCGCUGCCGCCACGAGCUGCAACGGAGAUGGUGUGGGUGGAAGAGGAGGGGAGGGGAGAGUAUCUGAGUCUGAGUGGGAAGCGGGUGAUGGAGAGUGUGGGGAGCUGGGGGCAGGUGCGGCACCUGCUGGAAGGGGGAGGAGGAGGAGGGGGAGGGGAGGGGGAUGGCAGGAGGAGGAGUGGGAGUGUGAGGGAGGGGCAGACGGUGCGACUGGUGAUUAGCGUGGAGGAUACAGGUGAGCGGAGGCGACGGGGGAGAGGGGGGAAGGUGGGGGAGAGGGGGGAGGUGGGGGAGACGGAGAGAAGGGGAGCGGGGAGUGUGGUGAAAGGAGGAGAUGGGGAAAAUGGGGAGAGUGGGGAGAGGGGCUGCGGCAUACCGGAGAGAGCAAGGCACCUCAUAUUCCGUCCGUUCACCCAGGCCGACACCAGCACCACGCGCCUGCACGGAGGAACCGGCAUCGGCCUCUCCAUCUGCCAGCGUCUGGUGAGGAUGAUGAGUGGCAGCAUGUCGUUCGUGUCCUGUGAGGGCGUCGGCACCACAUUCUUCUUCGACGUUGAGUUGCAAGCAGCCCCGCUCCUCUCCACCUCCUCCUCCACCUCCUCCUCCUCAUUCUCCUCCUCCUCUCGCCCCGAAGCUGCUGCUGCUGUGGCUCCUGCUGCAGCGGCCGCUGCGUUUGAGACAGCACCACCAGCAGCGUCCGUAUCAGCAGCGGCACCAGCAGCAGCACCAGCAGCAGCAGCAGCAGCAGCAGCAGCAGCAGCAGCAGCAGCAGCAGCAGCAGCAGCAGCAGCAGCAGCAGCAGGAGCAGCAGUACCGCUCACGUCUGUCCCAGUCCCCUCCACCUUACCCAACCCCCACCCUCUCCCAUCCCUCCCCCCCUCUCCUCUCCUCAACGCCUGUGUUCUCCUCAUUGACAACCGCCCCGUGCGCCGUGCGGUUACCGCCUCAUCUCUGCGCCGCCUCGGCCUGCGCGUCUUCCUGGCAGCUUCCCUCUCGGAAAUCCCUCUUGUUCUUCUCCCCUCGGGACCAGACGAAACCUUUGCUCCUCCCCUCCACCUCAUCUCGGCUUGCUCGGACUCGGACUCUCAUCCGGAUAAGGAGGGUGCGGCGGUGGCUAAGAGGAGAGCGGGUGGGGUGGGAGGGCGGGGAGGAGCCGGAGGGGGAGUGGCAGGGGCGGCAGGAGCGGCGGGAGGGUCGGAAGGGGUGAGAGGUGGUAGCCAUGCGGUGAGCUUCGGUGCAAUGGGUUCCAUAGGCGGAGAGAGGGAGACGAGAGGAACGAAUGGGCACUGGGGCGCUGCAUGUGAGGAGCCAUUUGCUUCUGGUGCUGCUGGCAAUGCUGCUGGUGAUGCUGCCGCUGCUGCUGCUGCUGCUGCUGCUGCUGCUGCUGCUGCUGGGCCCGGCGGUGUUGUGGAUGGGGCGUUAGGAGAAACAGCAGGAGCAGCGGGCGUGGCAGGAACAGAGCAGCCUCUGUUGUAUACUGGCACGCAGGAGGGACGGGAGAAUCCGGAGGAGCAGGAGCAGGAGCAGGAGCAGGAGCAGGAGCAGGAGCAGGAGCAGGAGCAGGAGCAGGAGCAGGAGCAGCAGGAGGAGCAGCAGCAGAAGGAGAGGGCAGUGUCGCUGGUGCUAGUGGAACAGAGUGCGUUGACUGUGCGGGGAAGGAGAUUCUCUGGGAACGAGAUCCGCACCCUCAUUGCUCGUGCCCUUGACCCUGCUGCUGCUGCUGCUGCCGCUGCUGAAUCAGGCAGAGCAGGGGUAGCAGGGGGAGCAAGGGGGGUAGGACGAGCAGGAGGAAGGGCAGGGGCAGCAGCAGGAGCGGGAACAAGCAGUAGCCGUGCACGCAGCAGCAGGCAUGUACCGCUGCUGCUGCCGAGCAUAGCUGUGCUCGUGCAAGCCCCACCCUCCGACCCCUCCACUCUCGCCGGAUUUGACGGCAUGGUGAGGAAGCCUCUCAGGCGGAGUGCCCUGCUAGCCGCUCUCCCGCCUCUCAUUGCCCUGCACAGGGACUGCACCAGCUGCUGCAGCAGCAGCAGCAAUAGCAGCGAGUGGAGGGUGGAAGGGAGAGGAGUAGGAGGAGCGGGAGGAGCAGGAGGAGCGGGAGGGUCUGGAGGAGGGGUUGCUGUCAGGGAGGGUAGUGUUGCGGGUGGGGAGAAGAGGCGGGGGGCGUCUACACGUCCAUCUGCUGCUGCUGCUGCUUCUGCUGCUCCUUCUGCUGCUGCAACAGAGGAUGCUCGUGCUAGUGCAAGCACGUAUGAUUUGCUUACUGAAAUCACUCCCCUUCUGCCCUCCUCUUCCUCCUCCCAAAAUUGUAAUGGAAUUCCCGCUGCUGCACCUCUGGCAACACAAGCAACAGCAGAACCAGCAGCAACAGCAGCGGCAGCAGCAGCAGCGGCAGCAGCGGCAGGGGCAAGCAGGGUUGCGGGAGGGCUUCUUCCCGAGUCAAACCCAAGUCAACGGAGUCAAAACGGGCAGAGACCCCAGAGGGUUCAACGGGGCGAGAUAGGAUCAACUGGAGAGAGAGGAGCGAGGGGCGGUUGGGAGGGGUGCAGAGUGCUGGUGGUAGAUGACAACAUGGUGAACCGUAAGGUGGUGUCCAAGGUGCUGCAGCGCUUGGGAGUAAAUGCUGUUGCUGUGGACAGCGGUGCUGCGGCCGUGGCUGCUCUUGCUCUGCCGCAUUCCUUCCAAAUGGUCUUCAUGGACCUGCAGAUGCCUGGAAUGGACGGGCUGGAAGCUACUCGAAGGGCGAGACAGGCCGAGCUGCAGUACCAACGCAACCAGCAGCAGCAGCACCAACAUUUGAGGCGCCUCAAAAUCCCUCCCAACACACACACACCCACUUCUCCCUCUCUCCCCCCCCUCUCUCUGCAGAUGCCUGGAAUGGACGGGCUGGAAGCUACUCGCAGGGUGAGACAGGCCGAGCUGCAAUACCAACGCAACCACCAGCAGCACGAGCAGCAGGAGCAGGAGCAGCAGCAGGAGCAGCAACAGGUGGUGUGCACGCACGUGCCCAUCUUCGCCCUCACAGCAGACUCCAUUGGGGAGGUGCGGCAGCGCUGCGAAGCUGCCGGCAUGGAUGGGUGCCUCUCCAAGCCCAUUGAGGAGCGCGAGCUUGUGAAAGCACUGGCCGCUGCUGUGCCAGCCAGUUAA